AUGGACAACUCGAAAACAAUUCUCUUAAAUGAUCUCCAUAGCGAUCUUGUUCGGAAAUACCAAAAGCAUGCCGCCGCGGUUGAGACCAUCUGGAAGUUGUUUUGCCCCAAUGACCGAGCAAACUGUUUCAGGGCCGGAGCUGCAGAUGGAGUUGUGUUGAAGCACCCCUUAGAUCGGUCUCUGGGAGAUGUCUACAAAAUCAUACCAGAGUUGAAUUUACACGACCUCAUAUCAGACCCACAGUAUCUUUUCGACCUUCUCAAACAUCGAGCCACCAAAUCUCUAUUCGAACAGUACUGUGGAGGCGUCAAUGGCGGCCCCGGCGAUCAUGCUAUGAUCGAGGAGGUAGUGCGUACACGAGGACUCAAGCAUACCAACUCCUUUAAAAACUGUUACACUAUGUUUCAAGGCGACAUGUAUGCCACAUCUUACCAACUCAUGGCUAAAGAGGCUCUGGCUAUUUUUGAACCCGCAAUCCAAGCUCGUGUCUGUGUUCCACAGUCAGUCGGAGAAUUUAUUAUCCAAAGGCAGAUCUACACCUUGCAAACCCUCAAUAUCCUCAUUGACGAUAUUCUGGGCGGCUCGCAAACUCGAAUUCAAAAGGCCCCACCAAAGAAGAAGAAGGCUACUGAUGACGGAGCGACGGUGGCUAUGUCAAGGCUAAGUAUCAAGGCCCCCCAAACGCGGCUUAGGCUUUCCGACCUGGUCGCCAGGGCUCGUGAUCACCAAGACACACUUGAAGAGUACCUGAGUUUGCUCUCCACUGAGCCUGUUGUGCUUGCUCAUGCUGUCAAUAUUUGGUUCUUUAGCCGCCCAGAACUCGUUCCCGACGAAAAGGGACGGCGAUUGCCGGUUCACACCGAUAAAUACAUCAGUGCUGCUGUUCUUGAGGCUAUCAACAGUUCGAUCCAAGGAGCCGCCAUCUGGAAAUACAUUGCUAGUAUUCUUGGGAUGCUUGACAAGUGUGUUGGGGAUGAUGCCUCUCGAGUUGUUCUCCUCCAGGAGAUCUCCAACAUAUGUCAAGUAGAGUUCAAUCGUGCGCAAACUCUGUUCAAGCGACAUGUUCAGAGUGCAAGCGGCUCUAAGUGGUUCAAGCGAACUGCCAAUGUGUAUGACAGCACCGGUAGCCCGCGCGUUUCCAUAAAAGGCAAUCUGGAAGAUCUUACCGUAUCUGACCCCCAGCUCCAUUACAUGUUGCAUCUCUGCCAGCCAAAGCUCAAUGUUUCCACCGCCACUACCUGGAUCAAAAAACUGGGCGAGUAUCAAGAAGCCCAUCCUAGGGAGAGGGAAAACCUGGAAGAUAGAGAGGCUGACUCAUUGGGUGACCUGGCUAUCAUCAUUGGAUUUAUCCAGGACUUGUCCUCUGUGCUUCCAAUUCCUUCCUUUUCCAACAAAAAGGGCCAGAUGUUUGCCGCUAAGUCACAGGUGGUGGAAUCUGAAUUAAACCAGACCAAGGAUCAACUCGACUUACUCGAUUACGUCGUUCCCAUCGAUAACCUCCUAGAACCGGGAGUGACCAGUGAAGCUUUGAAAAAGCUAGACCAAUUCAUCAUCGAAAAAUCUGGGACAACAUUAGGAUUCCUGUACCAAGACAUGGUUGCCGACUGCCUGUCUGGCGUUCAGGCUCAAUGCCUUGAAGCCAAAGAAAAAGUGGCGCAGGGCUUGAAGGCUGAAUUGCCUUCUGCUCCGGCAACGACCGCAGAGUCGACGGCAUUCCGAGUCGAACAGCGGAAACAGAAAGAAAAGACGCGUCCCGCACAUUCAUCUAUCUACGACAUUGUUACGCCUGUGAAGCCGUCUUGUCCACAGGAGCCAGCUUCGCUGCCGCAAACCUUCAAGAUAGACGAUUCGACUGCGGAGGUCUUCUCGAGACUGUUCAGCAAAUCUCAAGCACGUGGCCCAGUCGCCUGGGCGGCCUUCGCUGAGGCGAUGGCUAAAUUGGGAUUCUCAAUCUCUCCCAAAUACGGCUCUGUUUACACUUUCUAUCCACCUGACAGCAUGACGACGAAGAAGUCAUUCACGGUACACCGACCCCACCAGUCGAAAAUCGAAGGAUAUCGGGUUCUCACGGUGGCUCGGCGGUUGAGGACUUUGUAUGGGUGGGGUGAAGAGACCUUCCGAGUCAAAUGA